CGCAGUAGGCACGCACGUGAGGCCGAGGCAGUCAGUUCAGUUCUCUUCUUCCAUUGUCAAAUUGUUAUUUGAUUUGUUUGCCUUUAUAAUAAAAGUCUGCAACUAAUAAUUUCUUAAAAUGGUCGACCCAGCUAACGAUCUCAUGGAUCAGAGCAUGACAAGGUUCACGCAUUCUUUAAUCCCUUCAGAGGAAUACAUGGAUAAGCUCAAAACGUCUGCUGAAAAGGUUCGCAAAGCCUUACAGCUCAAAAGUACUUAUGGAGUUGAUCGGGUUAUUUAUUCUGGAAGUGUUAGGAAAUCAACGAGUAUUUUGGUCCCUGACUUGGAUCUUGUCGUAUUUCAAAAUAAUGAAAUGCCUCCAUUCGAGAAAGUUUUCGACGAGUGGGAGGAUAUUUUGAUACUCAGCGAGGGUCUUAAGAUGACCAUGGAUGGAAUUAAGACGACAAAAAUCUCCCUACAGUUCACAUUUGAAGAAGGGAUUGAGAUGGAUCUGCUUCCUGCUACUAACUUUGUUCACGGAAUAAAACCUGAGGGUCCACUUCUGGCUAAGAAACAAUCGGACGCUGUCCUAAGCAAAAUGGAUAAGUCAAACUCUCACUUCUACAGCUCCAGUUUGGCAGAGUCCCAAGUUUACUUUAUGAAAGAACAGACUGCUUUUACCCAUGAUGUUGUACGUCUUGCGAAGUUUUGGUUUAAAACUCUUUAUCUCGGUGAGCGACCAAUUUAUGGUGUCAAGACCAUGCUGGAGCUGAUUGCUGUUGCAGCCGCCAUGAAGGAAGAAGACCGGGACAAAAAGUCACUGCUCCAAACAUUUGCCACGUUCUUGGACAAUGUUGCUCAGAUUGAUAAGCUUCGUCUCAAAUUUUCGAAUAACAAUGGGCGAUGGACAUUGGAAAAUCCUAAGGCUGGAAAGCCCACCGAGAACUACAUUAUGGAACCUUCAAAUCCGUACAACAACUUGGCAAGGCAAAUGUUUCAUCGUGAAAAAGAAGUCAAAAAUCUCAAAGAAUUUGCAAAGAUUUCCAGACUUCGGAUUUCUCACGCAAUGAGAACCUUCCAAGUUACUGUUGAAUCGGUCUUCAACCUGUUUCGACCGUUGCCUACUUCUCUUUAUCAGACUUGUUUCAGCGACAUGGGAUAUCCAGAAAUGAUUAUGGGAGAAAACGCAUCUUUCCGUAGCUACAACCCGGAUGUGAAAGUCAACAACGAAAACAUAAUGAAGAACCUGGAAAUGAAAGGCUUCAUCAAUGCAGUAAAAAUUUUUCUUUCAUCUGCGGUGAACGCUGGAAGUGCAGCACUCAUUGCGAAUAAUAAGGACGUUACGUUGGCUAGUGUGAAACAAAAAGUAAAGCAAAUGAUUGACGAGGACUUAAGGGGGAUGCCACAUACUGAGUGGCGUCCGGCUACCGAUCGGAUCGAGGAUUAUGAUGUUGUCGUUACAGUACCAAUUUCCAACAAUUUGGAAAUGGGUGCGGUAAAAAUUGGCUUUCGAUGGAAAUAAUGGAAGUGUGACAAUUUUGAAACUAAUUGAUUAUUAACUGACUGAGUAUUGACUAUUUUUUGAUAAUCAUACAAUUAAUUGAUGCAUAAUAUAUUUAAUUUAUAUAACUCUUAUUUAGCAACUUUUGUCAUCUCAGAUCAGAUUACUCUUAUACUCUUAUUUCAGAAUAUAAAAAAGAAAAUAUGUGUUAAAUCAAAUCACCACUACAUUCAGUAUUAUUUAUGCAUCAUGCAUCACAAGACUACAGAAACCAACUUUACGAGUAUAUACAUAUUCACCCUCACUCAUUUUUCUAUAUAUUUAUUUAACAAACUGAUACUUAGAAUUAACUACUUGUAAUCAAU